AUGUGUGUGCGUAAAAAAACACAAAGAAGCGCAAAAGAAAAUCUCAAGUUAGGGUCACCCGCUAGCACAGCACGAUCGCAGCAAGAAAAAGAGAAACAGGAAAAGAAUCAGGAAGGGGCAAAAACUGCUAUGAAAAAAGCGAAAGAGAUCAAUAACGACGAGAACAUGCUUGCCAAACCAUUAGCCAAAGAUUUCCUACAGCUAGCUAUGGUUUCACCGUUAGUUAUUAUAAUGAUCAUUGGAUCACCUAAACAAGGACAACGACUCAAUGGUGCAUUCGUUGGUGUUUUUAAAGGAUCAGUGGGUCCGGAAAGCGUUGAAGAGAAAGCAAAGCGACCAAUGGAAAAGGUCCGAUCGUCACGUGAUCCUGAAUACAAGACGCUGGAGUUGGAUAUCAGUGAAUGGGAAAGCGUAAAAAUUAUGAAACGAAGUGAAAUCAAUCCAGAAGACUUUGUGAAGAAAGACUGCAAGGUCGAUGGCAAGUUCUAUCUUAAUUCGUUCUCCCGAUCAAUCGAUGUGCACCUAUAA